AGGAAAAUACCUUAAUUUGAAGUAAACAUGGUAUCCAAACCUGUGGCCAACUCGAUGCUUUUUCUGAGGAUUGUUGCUCUCGCUGCCUCAGCUGCAACUGUGGCCUUACUAUUUACUAACAAGGUCAAAUUUGAUGAUGGAACAAAGUUGAGAUUUCAAGAUUUCUAUUCAUACCGGUAUGAAGCAGUGAUAGCAAUAAUUGGUGGUGCAUAUUGUAUACUGCAGUUACCAUUUGCCAUAUAUUAUGCGGUAAAGCAGAAGAGGUUGAUACGUAAUGGGUUCUUGCCAGAAUUUGACUUCUUUGGAGACAAGGUAAUUUGCGUGCUUCUGGCCACGGGCGUUGGUGUUGGGUUUGCAGUGUCUUUGGAAUUUAAGAAGUUCUUCGAUGACAUAUUUGACUCUGUGGGUACCCCAAAGAAGGACCCUACAAGGACCACAUAUGACAAGUUUUUUGUUCGAGGCAUAGUGGCUUCAGCUAUUCUCCUUGUUGCAUGCCUUUCCAUGACUAUCGUUUCAAUCAUCUCCUCCAUUAAUCGAAGCAGAAGCAAAGGCGUUUUUAAUUAAAUGUUGAUUUUAUCUUCUCAGCAGCAAAUCAUCAAUUGAAGUAACUCAUCAGCUCCUAAUAUAUAAAGCUAGUUCAUGCAUUCCUGCCUUCACCAAUUAAGCUCAAACCAUUGUUUGUCUUCAAAUAGUAUCAAGUAGUAUACAUCAUAUAACAUUUUUCUUUAAUAAUCAUUUGUAAGCUUAUUUAUUUAUACUAUUGAUGGUGCGUGGAAAUUUA